UGCCAGCCAGUAGCGUCAACGCAUCCUCCGCUCGAGCCAUGUACUACGUGGAGCUCCACUUUGAGAAGUCCGUGCUGACGCAUGCGCUCUCCAAGCACGUGCACCGCUUCGACUACCGGGACGGCAUGGCGGUGCGAAAACGGCCGAAGCGGGUGGAGGUGCUCAAGGAGCCUGGCUUCUCAUCGCUGCCCGAGGAGCCCGAGGAGCUGCGACAGAGCCGCCGCUCCAGCCCAGGCAGCCCCCGCAGCCCCCGCAGCUUCGGGGCGCCGAAGGCGCCUCCGAGACUUCCGACGUGUGCCGAGGGGAAGGCUGUGAGCCCAAGCCCCCCACCUCAGUCGCGGCCGAGUUCGUCGCAGCAGCUUCCGCGUGUCUUCACGGGGGAGGUGGAGCACUGGUCGGAGUGGAGCUUCCUGCAGCACAUGCCCGAGUACAUGAACGGGCUGUUGGAGGCCUCCGAGCGACGCCUGCUUUGAUGCCACAAAUGCCGCGGAAGAGCUCCAUCAGGGGCUUCCUGGGUUCCAUAUUGAGCGUGAUGCUUGCGCUGUCAUGAAGGCGCCUGUUCUUGGGUGCAAAGAACCUUCGGCCUAAGGCCUUCUUCCGCCGAGGAUCUGAAAGGGCGUUGCUUUUGCCGUGGCC